AUGUCUAAGCUGUUCAAGAUGCACAAGGAGUGUAAGCAAGCAAAGGCUAAUGCAAAGGCUAAGGCAGCAAAUGAGGAAAUGUCUACUGAAAGUCAAGACCUGGAGUUUGCCAACAAAGUGGUGCUAAUCACGGGCUCGAGCAGCGGAUUGGGCGCCCAAAUGGCCAAAGAGUACGCCCGUCGGGGCGCACAAGUGGUGAUCACCGGCCGCAACACCGAACGGGUGUGCGAAGUGGCCGAAGCUUGCGAUGGUCUGUCGCCCAACGGUCUGAUCGCACUUCAAGUGGUCGGUGACGUGACCAACGACGAGGACGUGCGUCGAUUGGUCGGCGUUACGGUCGACAACUACGGCCAGAUCGAUGUGCUCGUCAACAAUGCCGGCGCCGGCAGUUUCGCUACACUCGACAGUCCCGGUCUAUUGGACCAGUUGGAGCACAUGUUUAAACUAGAUGUGCGAUCGGUCGUGUUGUUGACCCAGUUGGCUUUGCCACAUCUGGAAAAGACCAAGGGCGCUAUUGUUAAUGUGUCUUCCGUGUGCGGUCUUAAAUCGUACGCCGGCUGUUCGGCCUACUGUAUGGCAAAAACCUCGAUCGAUAUGUUCACAAAGUGCAUCUCGUUGGAGUUGGGCCCCAAAGGUAUCCGGGUGAACGCUGUCAAUCCGACAGCCGUUAGGACCGGCUUUCAGAACAACUCGGGCGCCGGCGAUGUGUUCAACGGAAUGGUGAAUCACUUGGAAAGUACGGUACCGUUGGGUAAACUGCCCGAACCCUCAGACGUGGCCAACGCUGUGCUAUUCCUGUCCUCUCCCCGGAGCGCCUUUAUUACCGGCCAUUCACUGCCUGUCGAUUGUGGCAGCCUUAAUGCAUAAAUGUACCAUGCACAUUCUCACGCCUUCUUAUACUGAUUUAACGAUACCCACUUGGUAAUCGUCAAAAACUUUAAUCUUGG